AAUUUUUUGUCUCUCCACUAGGGAGAUCCAGUUCUAUCAGGUAUACAUAAACAGCAGUGGGAAUCACUUAGUUUUUAAGUGGAUUUUUUUACCUAAAAAAAAAAGUUUAAGCAAAGAUGAGCAAUUCAAGAAGCACAAAACUUCAUGUAGCCAUGUUUCCCUGGUUUGCUUUUGGCCAUAUCACUCCCUACCUGCACCUCUCAAACAACCUUGCAGAGAGAGGCCAUAGGGUGUCUUUCUUACUGCCCAAAGGAGCACAAGCAAAGGUAGAACAUCUCAACCUUUAUCCAAACCUCAUCCACUUCUAUCCCCUUCUUGUUCCCAGUGUAGAUAGAUUACCCCUGGUGCUGAGACUGCCUCAGAUGUUCCUUUUCCACUUCAUGGACAUCUUUGUAUUGCCUUUGACCAAACCCAAGACCAAGUUCAAACCAUUCUGAGCAGUCUCAAGCCUGAUUUCAUUUUCUUUGACUUCAGCCUUUGGAUGCCAGCCUUAGCACACCAAAUUGGCUCCAAGGCCAUAUAUUAUUCGGUGAUAACCCCAGUAGCACAAGCACUAAAGGUUCCUACUAAGCAGAAACUAGAGGACAUGACUCUGGAAGACUUCAUGCAACUGCCUCCUGGCUAUCCUUCUCCAUCUGUGCGAAUAAAGUCCAAGGCCUUUGAGAUUGCACAACUAAAAGUGGUUGCCGAGGAUCUUGGAACAGGGAUGUCUAUUUAUGUUCGAAUUACCUCUAGCAUGAUAUGGAGUGAUGCCAUGGCCUUUAGGACAUAUCAUGAGGUUGAGGGGCCAUACUGUGACUACUUAAGGAAGCAUUAUGCUAAGCCUGUGCUGCUAACAGGACCUGUCCUGCCUGAAACACUGGCCACAAAGCUAGACGAGAAAUGGACUAAUUGGUUGUGCAAUUUCAAGCAAGGUACUGUGGUGUAUUGUGCAUUUGGGAGUCAAAAUAAACUACAAAAGGACCAGUUUCAGGAGCUACUUUUGGGCUUUAAGUUAUGUAGGCAACCAUUUUUGGUGGCUCUGAGUACUCCAGAUGGUUGCGCAACAAUUGAAGAAGCUUUUCCAGAGGGGUUUCAAGAGAGUGUUAAAGGAAGAGGAUGGGUGUAUGGGGGAUGGGUGCCACAAACAUUGAUAUUGGAGCACCCAUCUAUUGGUUGUUCUGUGACCCAUUGUGGAUAUGGGUCCAUGUGGGAGUCUCUCUUUAGUGAUUGCCAAAUAGUAUGCGUUCCAUACCUUGGUGAUCAAAUUCUGGGUGCCAGGUUAAUGGUGGAAGAACUCAAAGUUGCAGUGGAGGUGGAGAGAGAAGAUAAUGGGUGGAUUUCAAAGGAAAGCUUGAGUAAGGCCAUUAUCUCUGUGAUGGACAAGGACAGUGAAAUAGCUGGGUUGGUGAAAUAUAAUCAUGCCAAGUUGAAGGAGGAACUUACUAGCGAAGGCAUGCAAGAGAGAUAUUUAGACACAUUCAUUCAAAACCUGCAAGGUCUUUUGGAUUGACUGAGUGCCACAUAUGAACUCAACUACUUAAAAAUUUGCACUAAAAAGAGCAGUAAAGGAUUUCAAUUGAGGAAGGAUUUAAUCGUGUUGUAGUUAGGGGAAGCUACUUCUUUGUCAAUGUUGUUCUAUUUGGGUAUCCAG